GGGCGGGACGGAGGCGGCCGGGCCGGGCUGGGCCGGCUCCCAGCCAGCCGCCGCACCAUGAUACACUUUAUACUGCUGUUCAGUCGGCAGGGGAAGUUAAGGCUUCAGAAAUGGUACACGACGCUACCUGAUAAAGAGAAGAAAAAGAUCAUUCGAGAAAUUAUUCAGAUUAUUUUGUCUCGCAAUCAAAAAACAAGUAGUUUUGUUGACUGGAAAGACCUCAAGCUUGUUUACAAAAGGUAUGCUAGUUUGUAUUUCUGCUGUGCAAUAGAAGACCAAGACAACGAGCUGCUGACACUAGAGGUCGUUCAUCGAUACGUGGAGCUCCUGGACAGAUACUUUGGAAAUGUGUGUGAGCUGGAUAUUAUCUUCAAUUUUGAAAAAGCUUAUUUUAUUCUUGAUGAGUUUAUAAUUGGUGGAGAAGUACAAGAGACUUCAAAGAAGACUGCAGUGAAAGCCAUAGAAGACUCUGAUAUGUUGCAGGAGACAGUGGAAGAAUACAUGAACAAGCCUGCAUUUUAAUGUUAAAAUACCUGGAGAGAAAACUGCUGUAUGCACCUCUAAAGUGCACUUCCUGAAACUCUUCCCAAUGUGCCAGAUCCUCAGAGAAAUACUAAAAACCAAUAACUGAAGGGGUUUGUUUGUAUAAUGGUGAAGAUGAAGGUCAGCUAAUGUAGCAAAGGGUUUAACAAUUCUGUGCUUUGCAUUACUCUGUACAUGAGUUUCUCAGAGUUGUUAUUGCCCCAGUCUAGUUUCUCUUGUUGUUGCUGGACUCAGCUCUUGUUUUGUACCACGUCUUUUAGCUACGGGUUUUGUCAUCACAAGAUGCUCCUCUGACAAUACUUUGAAGAGGUAUUUUUACUAGUUUUGUUCACUGCUGACUGUAUGACUCUACUUUUGUACAAAUGUCCAUUAUUUUGAAUGUAAUGGUUAUUCUGCUGUAAUAAUAAUUUUUUUCUA